AUGUCUCCUCUUUUGUUUGUGCUUAUCAUGGAGUAUUUGACUAGGAGCCUUCAACUAGCUGCUCUUAACUCUACAUUCAGAUUUCACCCUAUGCGCAAAAGUCUUAAGCUUCUUAACCUUUGCUUUGCUGAUGAAUUGAUCUUAUUUUGUAAAGGUGCUCGUUCAUCUAUUAGCAUUCUUAAAGAAGUUCUUGUGGCGUUUAGUGCUGCUACUGGUCUCUCUAUAAAUACUACAAAAUCUCACAUAUUUUUUGGAGGUGUCACUGCCACUGAGAGAAUGAAUAUUGCUCAAGAGAUCCAGCUCCCUGAAGGUUCCUUUCCACUUAAGUACCUUGGGGGGCCUAUGCGGCCAACUAAGUGGAGACAUGAAGACUGUGAUAUUAUUCUCCAGAAAAUUAGAUUGAGACUUCAGUCUUGGACUAGCAGGCAUCUUUCAUUUGCUGGCCGAAUGCAACUCAUUCACUCAGUUUUAUUCGGGCUUCGUAUUUACUAG